AUGGCUCCUGAGGUGUGUAGUCUAGUCGAUCAUCAUUUUGUGCUUGAGGAUGGCCUUAAAAAAGAGUUUAGAGGCAAUUAUGAAAUUUCCAGAGAUGUCAGUCUUGAGUGGAUUUCCAGGCUACUGAUUGAGAGGGGGGAUUAUCCGGCAGUUCCCAUAAACUUUGAGUAUCCCUGUGGUUUAGUUACGGGGUGGCCACAAUGGGUUGACCAUGAGCUAAAAGAUGAGGCCACGAGAAUUAGACUUUCAGAGGCUGCUGUUCUUUCUUCUGUAUUCAUCUCUGCUCAUUGUGAUAUCAACAGGGAUGUGGAGUCUCUUCGUCAUGUAGUUCGAAGAUGGAAUCCUCACACGCAUACCUUUGUUUGCGAGUGGGGAAAGUUUACCCCUACUUUGGAGGAUGUCUUGAACAUUAUGAGGCUUCCCAUUACUGGUUCAGUCAACCCUCUUGGCUUUGAUUUUGACUCAGAGAAGUUGCAGGUUCUUGUAGAAGGGGCCUCCAGUGUCAAAGGAAGUAAGCGCCGUUUCUCAAAUUGGGUGAAGCAUUUUUGGGGUGUUACUGAAAAUGGGGUAUUUGUCCCAAGUAAAGGCUUUAAUUCUAGUUACCGUCUGGAAGCAAUGCUAUCCCUGUGGCUGACGAAAUUUGUCUUCAUUGAGUUCUCUUAUGAGUAUGUUGAAGAGCGCCUGUUUCCCUUGGCAAUUGCAAUAGCACCCGGCAGUAGGUUUCCUUUGGGAUCAAUGUUUCUUGGUCACGUCUAUCGUCUGCUUGACUAUAUCGUUGUUGACGAAUUGGAGAGCGUUGGUCGGUGUGGAGUUACUACAUUGGUUUCUACCACCUUUCUGCAAGUAUUUAUCUGGGAACGGUUCAAAGGAUUAAAGAUGGAGCCCCUGACCAUGAGUCUCUCUUUGGAAUUGUACAACAACGACAAGGAAGGCAGCAAGCAAGCACAGACCAAAUAUUUGCCACCGGUACUCCCUCUGCUGUGUCGUUGGUUCAAAAGGAGACAAGAUAAGACUGUGUUUGCUCCGAGCAUGUUAGACGACGUGAAUAAUUUCAUCUGGCAACCCUUUCUCCAAUCUUCUGAGUUUGAGACUUUUUCGUUUUCUGGUAGAGAAGAGCAGUGUACUACAGCUCUAGGUCGGGUUGAGCUAUACAUGACUGUUUGCCCAAACUUUAUCCCGUCCAUCAGUGAGGAUAAGGAAGACUUGGAUAUUUUCCCAGUUGUUUAUUCUCCUAACAGAGUGAUGCGACAACUUGGUUGCCUUCAGGACGCUCCCUCACCUCCACCUCGCUCUCUUAACUCUAAGACCACAAGCUUUUCUCAUAUGGAGCGUAGAUGUGUGCUCGACUUCUCUGGCAGAAUUGCGGACUUCCCAUCUCAGUUACCAGGGAAUGCCGCGAAUGCUAACUCCUCCCCUGCCUAUAGUUGUUAUUGGAGGGGGGUGUUGUGCCGGUUCAGGCUUUUUGUGGAAGCCGGCAGUCCUCGGCUAGAGUUGGGGCCUAUUACCAGCAGUAGGUUGGCUAGCCCCAAGGCUGUACUGACUUAUGCUGAAAAGCAUAACCUCACCUAUAUUGAAGUGUACAGCGAUGGUGCUAGAAAGAUUGUCGGCUAUUUAAAGGGUUUUGAAACUAAGAGGGUAAAGGGAGAGGAAAAGAAGUGCGAUAAGAAGAUGGGUGAUAAGGGUGAUGCAAGGGAACACAACACUCAGAAGCCUAUUCGGCGUUUCAAGCCCAAGGUGGAUUUUGAUAAGUUUAUGCAUACGACCCAACACGGAGUCAAAUUGAUGAUUCCCCCAAGCAUGCCUCUUCAAAAGAACAAGGAGGUAAAGAAGAAAAGAUCUUCAACAUCCCGAGCAGGCGGUACUUCUCAUGCAAAGCAAGUGAAUGCUACCAGUUUUGAAGUGAAGAAAGGGGUGAAGAGAGAGGCCGGUGCAGAUUUUGAUGUCCCUCUUCGUCGAAGCAACCGUGUGAAGUCUAAGAGUUCUCCUUCUCCUCGUGGUCCUCCAGCUUAUCUUGAGUUAUCUGAAUUUGAUCACGAAGAGGGUUCUCAAGGGGGUCCAACCGAUUCUUCAAAAGAGGAUCAUACUAAUCUUUCAAAAGGGGCAUCUGAUCAUCUGCCUGAAGCGCCUCCCAUGAUUAGCCAAGAUGGUGACGAUCAGGGAGCUAAAACUGCUUCUCUUUCGUUGGUUAUCGAAGAUGAAGGCAUGAGUGAUGGCGAUAAGGUUGUCGAAGAUAAAGGCGUGAGUGAUGGUGAUAAGGUUGUCGAAGAUGAAGGCAUGAGUGAUAGUGAUAAGGCCUUUAAAAACGGUAGUGUGAGCAAUGACAAUCAAGUUGAUGCGGGAUUUGAGCCUUUGCAGCAUAGUCCGAGUGAAAGUGAAAAUAAUGAUCAGGAGCAGGAUCAUCCUUCAAGUGUUGGUAAGAGUAAUGACGGGGUUGGUCAUGACACGGCAGUACAUGCCUUAGUUGAGUCUGAUAAGCACGCUCCAGGAAUUGAUAAGGUGACUAUCAUUCAGACUUAA